AUACUAGCCCCCAUGGUGGGAGCCAGUGAACUUGCGUUUCGAUUACUUUGUCGCAAAUACGGAGCUCAAGUUGCCUACACACCCAUGAUGAGUGCACCCAAAUUCGCGACGGAUCCAUCCUACCGAUCGGCGGAAUUUCAAACUUGUGCGGCCGAUCGACCCCUCGUGUGCCACUUUGCCGCCAACGACGCUGCGGAUUUCGCGGCCGCUGCCAUUGCCGCCCAGCCCUUUUGUGACGCAAUCGACUUAAAUCUGGGCUGUCCCCAACGAACGGCCUAUUUGGGGCACUUCGGUUCGUAUUUGCUCGAUCGCAAAGAUCGCAGUUUGAUAUGCGACAUUGUCCGAGCGGGAGCAGCGGCCGUGUCGAUUCCCAUUUUUGUCAAAAUUCGUCUCCUGGAUAAAGUGGAAGAAACGAUCGAACUUUGCCAGCAACUAGAGCGGGCGGGUGCCUCGCUCAUUGCCGUUCACGCUCGGUACCGAGCGAGUUGGGAGCGGAAAGGAGCUGGCGCGAGAGACGGGCCCGCGUUGCUGGAUCAAAUCGCCGUUCUAAAACAGCACAUCACGUCUAUACCCAUUAUUGCCAACGGAAACGUCAUCACUUACGACGACGUCGAAAAAAAUCUUGAGUUGACCGGAGCGGACGGAGUGAUGAGUGCGGAAGGUAUUCUAGACAAUCCGGCUCUGUUU